AUGAAAAAAAUAAAUAUGAGCAAGUAUUUGUAUAAAGCGAGUGGAUUUACCAUGUGGUUCAUCGUGUUAGUCAUCGCAGCUCUUCACCAGGUCACCGGUCAGUUACUCGACAAUGAGUUUCAGCCAACAGUCACUGCGACCUGCAAAGAUGGAUACAUGACAAUAAGAUUAAAUCUUAAUGACAGUUUCGUUGGAGCUCUUCAUGCGCGUGACUACAGGACUUCCCAGUGCAUGGUCGCUGGUAAUGGCUCUAAGCAAGCGACUCUUGGUAUUAAUCUUCUUGCUGUUCAUGGAGCACCUGACUAUUGUGGUGUUAUUAUCAAUAAUAGUACCGAAGAAAGAUCAUUACCAAUAGCCGUGAGAAUUCACAAGACACUAGAAUUAGCGGAUGACAAAUUUUAUGUGAUAACUUGCGGUAAAGCCGGAUUUAAAAAUGCCAAAAAUGAAACAUCUUUGGUGUCACUGCGUCUUCUGGAUUCCGGCCGUCGCGUGCAAGAGGCAAUCUACGGUCACAACUACACGCUGCGAAUGUACGGAAUCAGAGUAAAGUCUUGCUUCGCAUUCAACAAGCGAAACAGCAGCGUUCAGCUGAUCGACGAUCGUGGCUGUCCGGUCAAGAACCAUGUCAUCACUAAAUUUAUCUACGACACAAACACGGGAAUUGCUGACGCAACUCUCUACUCGAUGUUUAGAUUCCCUGAGAGUCCUCAGGUUCAUUUUCAGUGUGACAUUGCCGUCUGUCGGGGGGAAGAAGGAAUUUUAUUGGCUGGCACAAGUGUAUUUGUGUUAAACCCCGGAGAGACACCUGUGGUGCAGACGCUGUACGAUGACGGAGCGGUGCAUCCACAAUGGCUGCUGUGGUUAGCCGUCGCAUUUGGUAUUCUCUUCCUCAUAAUGCUUAUCAUCAACAUACUCCUGUGCUCAGCGAUGACAUGCAGCUGCGCGAGAACGGAAAUAAUUGAAAAGGAGCCGUCGAUUAUCGAGGACUACGAUCCCUAUCGCAGUUGGCCGGGGUCUCAAUAUGGCUCCAGAUACUCGCUGAACGGUAAACCGGGCGGUUAUCCAUCCGGAGGAUCAACUAUGAACUCAACGAGAUCAAUAUCAACAAACAGUGAUCACUAUGCGAUCGUCCAGUCCCGCCCUGGCAGCAGGUACUCGGGCCCUGGACACAAGCACCACCAUCAUCAUCAUCACAGAGGACCGCCGUCUAAUAUCGGAUCCCACUAUUCACUCGCUCCAUUGAGAUCAGAGAUCCUUGGAUACUAUUAA